AUGGGCCUUCGCAAUGCACAAGGCGAAAGCCUUCAACGCAUGAUUGCCGUUUUGGGUGCGGUGGCUUUCCUUGUUCAAGGUUAUAACCAAGCUAUGAUGAACGGCUUCAUGACCUUGCCAAGCUUCUUGGAAACGAUUCCUGAAGUUGAUACUACCCAUACCACGGGCUCACAAAAGUCACAUAACUCUACCAUUCAAGGUCUUGUGAUUGCCAUUUUCGAGAUUGGAUCUGCCGCCGGUGCCUUUUCAUGUCUGUUUAUUGGUGACAAACUUGGUCGACGUAAGACAAUGAUCCUAGCUGGCAUUAUUGCUACUGCCGGUAUCAUUAUUCAAGCGACUACAUACUCGCUUGCUCAGAUUUUGGUUGGACGAACAGUGACCGGCGUUGGAAUUGGUAUGUACACCGGCACUGUCCCCAUGUACGUGAGUGAGACAGCCAGUGCCGAGAAGCGCGGUCGUCUAGUCCUGAUCGAAGGCGUCUUCGCUUUGAGUGGAUUUUUCAUCGCAUCAUGGGUCAAUUUUGGCAUGUACCAUACAACCGGAUCAGUGAGCUGGAGGUUUACCAUCGCUCUACCACUACUCUUCAUCAUCGUGCUUCUUUCUCUGACCCCAUUUCUGCCCGAAUCUCCGCGCUGGCUGGUCAAGCAAGAUAAGCUAGACGAAGCAACCCAUAUAAUGUCUCGACUUCUCGCAGCCCCCGCAGAUGAUCCCGAAGUCAUCAGAGAAGUGACCAUCAUCCACGCCGCGAUCCAAAGAAGUACCAGCAACGGCACCAAAAAGUCAGGCAGUAUCUUCUCCAUGAAUAAAAACCGCCAUCUUCACAGACUGCUCAUCGCCAUGAGCGUUACCAUGUUCACCCAGCUGAGCGGUAUUAACGCAAUCACAUUCUACUCCACCUCCAUCUUCGAAGAAACCCUCGGCUACUCCGGAAUCGACGCGAGAAUUCUCGCCGCAUGCCUACAAAUGGCUCUAGCGCUGGGCGGCCUGACUGCCGUUUUCGUGGUCGAUCGAUUCGGCCGUCGCGCGAUGGUGAUCGAACAAGCCGCCGUGGCGGGUCUCACGUCCAAUCUCGGCAAUGCAGCUGCCAGUCGUGCGGCGGUGUUCUUCUACUUCAUGGCAGACUAUACGCUUACGAUUGGCAUGUUUAUCAUCCCGUUCAUGUAUGGUGCUGAGAUCGCGCCGCUGGAUAUUCGUCACCAGGUGACGGCGAUGGGAGCGAUGUCUUCUUGGCUAUUCAAUUUUAUGGUUGCGGAAGUGAGCCCGAUUGCUUUUUCGAAUAUCAAGUGGAAGUAUAAUAUUGUUUAUGCGGUGACUAGUGCCGUGGGCGUUGUUGUUAUUUUCCUUUUUUACCCUGAGACUCGGGGUAGAUCGCUUGAGGAGAUUGAUCAGAUUUUUAUUCAGUCGAAGUCGAUCUUCGAUCCUGUUAGAGUGGCGAAGAAGUUGCCUAUGGGGAUGGAUUUGAUGGAGGAGAUGGAUCGCAAGGAAGAGGGUGCAGAUGCAGCUUGA